AUGAACGAGGAUGUGAUUAACACCCCCCAUGUACUCCGUGGGACUGUUCAAGUGACUAUAGAACCCCAAAAGCUCAGUCAUUUGUCAAAGAACUCACACGAGAAAGCCCGGUUUGAUUUCGGCGCGGACCUGCUCCCGGGCAUGGACCUCAACAACGAUGUUGAUUCUCAUGUGGGUAGGCCAGGCACCAUGUGCUACGGGACCCUCCGCCUACGCUGUCUCAUGGGGGGCUACGGUGAGAUGGUGGUCGAGAGGGCUGGGGAGAAGAAGAAGAGAAGAAGAAAAGAAGAGGAAGAAAGACGAGAGGAGUCCUUUUAUACCCCCAACAACACGUACCUUCCUAAAGUAGGCAUCUGA